AUGACUACAACAAUGAUGCGAUUCGGAGCACUGCUGUGCCUUUUAUCUCAAAUAUCCCAAGCCACGGCGCAAACGAACUUUGAUUUUCUAUGGGCGAUUGCACUUUAUGGAAAUAUUACUGCUUCUCCAGGAGAUACGGUUACAUUCAAUUAUGGUGCAAAUCACGAUGUCUGGAUCCAUCCCACUGGAACCUGUGUAGAAACUGGAAAGAUUGCAGUCGGUGCUCUUGGUGCUAGCCCUGCCACCUAUGCGUUUACCGACGCCGAUCUUGGGUCCACCAUCACAUUUGCCUGUGACACUGGAUCUCAUUGCGAGAGUGGUCAAAUUAUCAACUUUCAGAUUGUCCCAGCCACUCCGUCACCAACGGUAGCACCCCCAGUUGUACAACCAAGUUUGAUGCCUUCUGCCGCAUCCGAAGUGCCAUCAAAGUCUCCAAGUGCAGCACCGAUAAGUCCCGCGCCCUCGAUUGCUCCCUCUACCGCUGCUCCCACCACUGCUGCACCUGUCGUAGCUACCCCGUCGCCAACAGUCACUCCAGUCAUUCCUGCUACUCCAUCACCAACAGUGACACCAGCUACCCCUUCACCAACAGUGACAGCGGCCACUCCUUCACCGACAGCUGCACCUAUCACUCCUUUGCCAACAGCCGCCCCUACAAUUGCACCCGUCACCGCGGCACCAACAAUUGCUCCUGUAACGGGUGAACCAACAGUUGCUCCCAUCACUGGUGAACCAACCGCUGCCCCCAUCACUGGAGAGCCAACGAAGGAACCCACUCUUGCCCCUACACUGGCCCCAGAACCAUCAGCAGCACCAUCGGGAGGACCAGAAAUAACAACUGAAACAGCCACAGACUUGAGUCAAACGCUUCAAGGAAUGACCGAGUGUGAUGAACUUUGCCAACAGGAAUGGGCCUCUCAGAUGUUUGAAAGCACAGUCAACUAUUUUGCUCGUUUGGAUGCUGAUUUUACUGUUGUUACCAAUACUCCAAAGAUUACCAGCGUUGAAUUGCCAACCAGACGUAGAUUACAAGGUGGAUCAUCUGGCGUUGUUGUGAACUAUGAUCACGAAUUCCAAUAUACAUCUGAAGGGGACACUACUGUCCGAGUGUACGAUUUGGCCGCACAACCAUUGGCAACAUCAGCUAACCGAAACCAAUUUGUCGCAAAUCUCAAGUCGAGAGGAGAUUUCUUCACGGACCUUACUGGAGUCACUUCCAUUGACUCUCCUGACACACCUGCACCAACUGGUGCACCAGUCGCGAGUCCAGGCACCGAAGCAGAAGAUGAUGAUCCUCUAUUGUCUAGAAAUGCUAUCAUUGGUAUUGCUGCCGGAGGUGGUGUCAUUGUUUUGGCAUUGAUUGGGUUCCUAUGUUGUAGAAAGAAGGAUAACGGACAAGACGGUAGUGGCCCACCACCUGAUGUGCUCAAGGUCAACCAUGGAAGAGACGAAGUCAGCACACUUGGAGGUCCGGAUAGACCCUAUGGAGACCAAAGUGUUGCAACAGUUGACUACGACUAUUCCAAGGCAUACGGCGGAGGUGGUGACACUUCGGUUUCGGAAGCUGGUGGUACGUAUGGAUCGAACAACCAAGGAUUAUUGGAUCCUGUGAAUGCUGGAGCCACUGGAGGAGCUCUUGGCGGAUUCGACACUGGUGGUUCCUUUGAAGACGCCUACCGUGCCACUGGCGGCAAUGUCAAAGAAGAUCUGAUUCACGUAUUCGCACCCCCUGGGAAGCUUGGAGUUGUUAUUGACACUCCAGAUGACGGAGCACCAGUGGUCCACGCCGUCAAAGAUUCUUCUAUAAUUGCUGACAAGAUACAGGUUGGUGAUAAGCUCGUGGCAGUAGACGAUGAAGAUGUCAGAGCGAUGACAGCAAUCAAGGUGUCCAAACUCAUUAGUCGAAAGAGUGCCAACCCAUCAAGAAAGCUGAGUAUCAUCAGAACGACUGUUAUAGAAUGA